AUGGCUCCCUCGACACUCCUCACGUUGCCUUCUGAGAUCCGCACAGCUAUCUACUCAUAUCUUGUACCAAGUACGCUGGUCAUCACGCGACCGGUUGAUUCCCCGUUCACUCAGUAUGACGACGGCAGCGUAAUCAACACCCUUUCUUGCAUACGGUCGAGCCGACCGCCGACACCUACCCGAACGCGUUACCUUGCGUUAGAGGACGUGGUGCACUUGAGACUCACAAGCAAGGCACUCAGAGCAGAAGUCGAUGAAAUCGUUAGAAGGGAAUUGUGUAUCACUGUUAAGUCAUACACGAUCCUAAGCUCUUCAUACAAUACCAGGGACAUGCGAUGGUUGCUCGGCAAGACGAAAGCAGACGUAACGCGCAUCUCGUUAAUAAGGAGUUAUCCGGACUAUGAGGACGACGUAUGGACCGAACUGGCCGACCUACGAACGAUACUGCGUCGGUCAGCCACGCAUUUUCCAAAGCUGCGGCAGAUCGACAUCAGCCUUGACUUCACCGAACAUGAUUCCCGUGAUUGCGACGGGCUUUGCGACUACUGCAACGGCUAUUACUCAGAUGAGUCCGACCCGGGUGCUCGCCUGACGGGCUUAGCCAGCUUGAUUGAGACGAAACGAAUUUUGGUGGACAGCAAGAGUCUGAGACGCACGCACGCUAUCGUGGCAGGUGAAAGGUGCACUUUGCUUGUGUUCACCGACAGUGACGCCGAUAUCUCCAGCCUUGUGUCAGAUGCAAACAAUAUACUCCAAGCUACGCGGGAAAUCUACGAUGACGCCAAACUCGUCGAGCUGGACAUUGACGCCGAGCUUCGAAAGGCUAUGGAGGAACCAGGGGCUUUCCGCACACUCACAGACUACAUUUGCGACGAAGACGAGUGGAUACACGGCGUCUUUGGCAAAUCUCCUGCAGAGCUUGCCAACUUCGACAUCUUGUUGGAUUCCCUGCGUGGAGGUCUGGAUCCCGAGAGAUUGCUCUUUCGCCCCGAGAUGGUGUAG